CAAAGACGGGAAGCUACCUAAUAUUAGGUACCUCGCCUUACCGUACCGUACCGUACCGCCUUAUCAUUCAGUAGUACAUUCAUUCCGUCCGUCCGCCCGCUUCGCUGAUCGGGACGACGCGUCUCACUCAACCCCACAACACCUCUCUCAAGCCCCUUUGCCUUCCAUCCUCAACGACACUUCGAUCUUCCGAGCGCCGAAAACACUGCGGUUUAUCAGAUCGCCCUCUCUACGAAAUCCGCUUUCCAAUUCCUGCCUUUCCGGAAAGCCGCGAGCAAGCCCGGCUUCAACCACCUCUAUUCACUCAAAGUGAAGCGGUUGUAAACCAACAGAAACAACACGCUGUGCACAACAAGACACCAAGUGUAACCACCUACACAGCGUCAAUUGACUCCGGCGACAUGUCAGGUUACCCCGGACAGUACGGUUACGGCUCCGGUGGCCACGACGGAGGCUACGGAGGCGGCGGUCACCACCAGGGAGGCGGUGGCUACGGCUCACACCACCAGGGAGGCGGAGGAGGCUACGGCGGAUACCAGCCGCCCCCCGGCCCGCCGCCCUCGCAACACCACGGAGGCUAUGGCGGCGGCGGUGGCUACGACCGCCCGCCUCCCGGCCCCCCUCCGGGUCAGGGUAGCUACGGCUACAAUCAACCGCCGCCCAACCCGAACCCGGACCAGAGCUACAUCGGCAGGUAUGCUCCCCCUCCGCACCCGCCACCACCCGGCCUUGACGUCUAUGGCUACCCUGUCAGUUCCGGACACCAGGGAAGACCCCACAUGCCUACGGUGAACUCCAACGACUGGGCCCACGGCAACCGCCACGCGCCACCCCCACCGCCCUCGGGCGCCCAGCAGUUCGGUCACGGUGCCCCCGAGGGCUACAGCUUCCAGUACUCCACCUGUCAGGGCAAGCGUAAGGCCCUGCUCAUCGGCAUCAACUACUUCGGCCAGGACGGCGAGCUCCGCGGCUGCAUCAACGACGUCAAGAACCUCUCGGCCUUCCUCGUCGAGAAGUACGGCUACCGGCGCGAGGACAUGGUCAUCCUCACCGACGACCAGCAGCAGCCCAUGGGCCAGCCGACCAAGAACAACAUCCUCCGCGCCAUGCACUGGCUCGUCCAGGGCGCCCAGCCCAACGACUCGCUCUUCUUCCACUACUCGGGCCACGGCGGCCAGACCGAGGACAUUGACGGCGACGAGGACGACGGCUACGAUGAGGUCAUUUACCCUGUUGACUAUAAAGAGGCCGGCCACAUCGUCGACGACGAGAUGCACCACAUCAUGGUCAAGCCCCUGCAGCCCGGCGUGCGCCUGACAGCCAUCUUCGACUCGUGCCACUCAGGCUCCGCUCUCGACCUGCCCUACAUCUACUCCACAAAGGGUGUUCUCAAGGAGCCCAACCUGGCCAAGGAAGCCGGCCAGGGCCUGUUCAAGGCUUUCACGGCCUACGCCUCGGGCGACCUCGGCGGCGUCGCCAACUCCAUCUUCAGCUUCGGCAAACGCGCCAUCGCCGGCGACGACGCCUACGAGAAGACCAAAGAAACCCGCACCUCGCCCGCCGACGUCAUUAUGUGGUCUGGCAGCAAGGACAGCCAGACAUCGGCCGACGCCACCAUUGCCAAUCAGGCCACGGGCGCCAUGUCCUACGCCUUCAUCACCGCCCUCAAGAACAACCCUCAGCAGAGCUACGUCGAGCUACUCAACAGCAUCCGCGACGUGCUGGAGGAGAAGUACACUCAGCUGCCCCAGCUUUCGAGCAGUCACCCGAUCGACACGGAUCUUCUUUACGUGAUGUAAGCUUGCGUGGUUGACACGCGAGACUUGGCUCGUAAGCCAGCUUGGCAUACGCAACGGGAACGGGAGCUUUUGCCAUAUUUCAAAGCGUAGCAGAGAGAAAAAAUGGUUGGGGAAAAAAUUGAAUUUCGUUUAGCUAAAAUCAUAACCAACUGUGAUCCGGUUUCGCC